CCUCCUCCUCCUCCGUAGAGUCUCCUCCGCUGGGGAAGCCACUGGGCUGUAAAUGGUGAAGUCCUCUUCCUCGGAAGAAAGCAGAGGGCGGAAUAAGGAGCUCUCGGUACAAACUAGUAGACACCGAAGCAGGAAAUUGGAGUGCGGACCCAGUUUGGAAAAGACAAUAAAAAUACCAAUAUUUGCCCCACCCGUGGCACACUUUUGGCUGAGGAACCUGCAGAGCCUGUCUGAGCCUGCCAGCAACAGCAGGUUUAGUGGAAGACAGACCUGUAGUGUGCAAUGGCUCUCUUGACCCUGCACAGGAUCCCAUCCAUCGCCACCGCUCCAGAUGAAAGUCUCCAAAGACGAGGGAGACUUCAGAAAAGGGAGAGCUUUGCCCUCGUGAAGGGGGCGGUGCUUCUGCUGGAAGAAGGCGAGGAUGUGGGCCUUCACAAUGAGACCUCUCACUCUCCGACUUCUCCCGGAAAGCAAGGUGGCGGAGCGCCGGACACACGGCACAGGCACCUCCAUGCCAUGAUUGAACAGCUCAGACCGGAAGAUACCAUCAAGCUGGCAGUGCAGUUGGAGUCCAUCAGCCCCGUCAGAGUCAGGUAUCUGAUCGUUGUUUCCACCCUUGGCAGCAAACAGGAGAGCAUCCUGUUGGGAAUGGAUUUCCCCAACUCAGACAGCAAUGAGUGCACCAUCGGCCUGGUUCUGCCGAUAUGGAGUGACACGCAGGUGUAUCUGGAUGGAGACGGUGGUUUUAGUGUGACCUCAGCAGAAGAGACCAGAAUCUUUAAGCCUGUUUCCAUGCAGACCAUGUGGUCAGUGCUGCAGGUGUUGCAUGGCUGCUGCGAGCGGGCGGUCAAGGCGGCGUUGAUCCCGGGCAGUGGCCUGGAGUGGGCCCAACACUACCACAGGCUCAUCGAGUCCGAUCGCUUCUGCCUCAACGAGUGGGAGGCCAUGAAUGACCUGGAGUCAGUCCGCAAGGACGUUAGCGGACAGAGUUCGGCAGACAGAAUCUCCAACGAGAGGCUGAUCAAAGAGCACCUGAGGGACAUUAUGAGGACUGAGGACCUGGACAACCUCACAUCUAAAAUGGUGCACUCUGCCCUGGAGACGAGGAUAGGCUUUGACAUGAGUCCUUACAAGGAGUACAUCGACAACGAGAUCCUGGUCACCAUGGCUCAGAUGGACAAACCCUCUAAAAUAUUUGACUAUCUUUAUCUGGGCUCUGAGUGGAACGCAGCUAACUUUGAGGAGCUACAGAAAAACAACAUCGGCUACAUCCUGAAUGUGACGAGAGAGAUUGACAACUUUUUCCCAGAGUCGUUCGCUUACAUGAACAUCAGAGUGUAUGAUGUUGAAGCCACCGACCUGCUCUCUCACUGGCCGGACACAUACAACUUCAUCAACAAUGCGAGGAAGAGUGGACAGGCGGUGUUGGUGCACUGUAAGAUGGGCAUUUCUCGCUCUGCAUCCACGGUGAUCGCCUACGCCAUGAAGCAGCAGCGCUGGCCGCUGGAUGUGGCGUUGGCCUACGUCAGGGACCGCCGGUCCAUCGUUAAGCCCAAUGAUGGCUUCAUGAAGCAGCUCCAGACCUACAGUGGCAUCCUCAAUGCAAGCCAGCAGCGUCACAGCGCACUCUGGAGGCGAAAGUCGAGAGACCAAAGACAAAAGUCAGUACGCGAGGAGGAAGGGAAGCCAGGAGAGGAGGAGGAAGAGGAAGAGGAAGAAGAUGAGGGACUUGAUGAUGAGGAGGACGUAGAGAGUCCUGAUGAAAAAGAUGAAUCAGAGGAAGAAGCUGAGGUGUUUGAAGAACCUGGCCCAGCCUCUGACACCAACCAGGAACCUGGAGAGACAGGUGUCAAUCCCAUAAUUACUGUAGAUCAACCAGAUAAGGUCGCUCCCAGUGUUAAUCGCAGCGGCAGGAUGAAUCUCUUCUCCCUCAUGCAGUCCAUCAGUGAACUGGAUGAUGUAGAUAAGGGAUCUGAACAGCUUCCCGGCAGUCCGAGGCGAUCUCCAGGACAGCGGAGGCGAAGCCACGGGCGGCGAGGUCUGAUUCACCAGAGAGCAUGUGUGGACGUUUCACCCGAACCACGCAGCCUGCAGGACGCCGCUCAGAGCAAAACCUAAGGUGAUCCAAGACCUGCACAAAGAGCAGGGAGGGAGAGGAGGGUCCUGUAAAGGGGGCAGGGAAGAGGAAAAACAUGGUGGGGAAAAAGUAUAGAACAUGAGACCUGAAGGAAAGCGCACUCCGGUAACAUGCCAAGGUUUUUAUACACUGCUACACUCGGGCUCUGCUGUAUAUUUCAGAUUAUUUAGACCUGGAAAGUUUUAAUUUAUGUUCUGAAGGUCAUUUUUCGCUGCAUUGUCGUUGCAUUUCUCUGUUCAUAAUUAUUAUAACUGAUGGUUCACUGUUGAUGAAAGGAUCUUGCUGCAGUAUUUCUACACCAGUCAAAGCCAGGAUAUCUGAUUGAUGCGUUGUUGUAUUAUUAUGGUUUACAGUGUUUUUACAACAUAUCCCACCACAUACAGAUGUACCGGUCUCUCCCUCCAUGUAGCAACCUUUUCCUCCAGCCCCCUCAUUACCUCUUCCCUCUUCCCUUCUUCAGCUUUUGUAUUACCACUCCACAGAUUAUAUCUAUGCAAUUACUGUUCUCUUUUACUGUUCUAUGUAAAUAUGAGGCUGUACGCUGCCAACCGGAGGUAGACAGUUUUAAAUGUUUUUCAUAUUCUCUCUCUCAUCAGAAGUCUUUUUCACAGACGUACAUUGCUCAUGUGGAAGGAUUUUACUGUGUUUAAGCUGUGCAUUACGGACCAAGUUAGGGCCAGUUUUGUGGCACGAGCCCGUUUGCCAAACAGUGUGUUCCAACGUGCCAAUGAAUAUCUAUUAAGUUGAGAAUCUUUAUCACAUCAGUGUGUUAAAAGAAACCAGUGUCACCCAUUAUAUUUUUAUUCAUUCUUUUGAAACACCAGGGCUGAAAGAGUGCCUUCAACCUGAGAGUGAAAUACGACUCUAUGACUGGUGUUUUUAAUGUUUUUACGAGGUGGUGGCUGAAUGUAUAUGUAUCUUCUACUGUUUCUCACUCGGUUUGACUGCAGUAUAAAUGUGACUUCCCAAGAUUUUGCAUGUAUGCAUAAUGCAUAUAUAUAUAUAUAUAUAUAUAUAUAUAUAUAUAUAUAUAUAUAUCCAGUAUAUAUGUAUCCACACAUAAUUGCUGAUGAACUGGGUGCAUGUUAUGUAUUUUUAUACCAGCCUUUGAGAGCAAAUUGUUCAGGGUUUUCUCAUGUAUUUAUAUACAUUAAUGGAUCAAGGUAAAUUAUUCACUAUAUUGUUUUUAGAUUCAUGAUCACCAGAUGCUGAUGUGGAACAUUUGUUAUUUCAUGCUGGUAUUACUUUUUAAUCCAGUGAACCCAAGCUAUAGCUUGUUUUACAUUUACCCUGCAUGCUAACCGUUAAAAAAAGAAAGAAAAAAAAUGAAAAUCAUGCACUUUAUAAUCCCACAAUACACUGUUCCCACUGCCUGAGCCAACGUCACGCUGUACUAUGAUCAAAAUGAUCAAAGAUCUUUCUUUUUUAUUCUUAAAUCCACAUGUCUAUGCCUGGUUGUGUUAAGCUCUCCACUGUCUGCACCUCACUCUUGUUUACAACAAGCACUAUGUGAAAAAUAAAUAAUUAUCCCCAAACCAA